GGCGCACGAGGCUAUUUUUAUGUUUUAAUAUGGUUUUAAAUUACACGGAAAAUACGCAUGCGUAAACAUUUUUCCAGGUCUGCGAUUUGAGUUAGAUCGUAUUUGUACUUUUGAACGACAGGAUAUAGCACUAACCGACAGGAUAUAGCACUAACCGAUUAACUCAGAAAAAUUUGCCGAAGGUUAAUAUCGUUGCUUGCAAUUUGAAGAAAAAAUAUAUCUUGAGACUUAUCAUGGCUUUAAAGUGUUGUGUCCCAAAUUGCUCUACUAAUUAUUUAACAGAUAAAAAAGUGUGCUGUUUACAGAUUACCAAAAGAACCAGAAGAACGUAGAAAGUGGCUAUCAUCUAUUCCAAGAAGCAACAUUCCUGAUAGUAAAUACACUGAGACUCAGUGUAUUUUACACAACAGUGUAACAGUUACUCUGUUGUAUGUUCUGAACAUUGGCCUAUAAAUUUAAAAAAAAUUAUUAUUUAUGGUAUGGAAACCCUCGUCUCCGCUAUCUAUUUUUCAUUGUGUUAAAUCCAGCCUUGUACUAACUGCACCUCCAAAAUCAAGAGUUACAACUUCAUCAGCUGGUACAAGAAAUAUACAAGCUGAUCAACUUGAGACGUUCAAAGCCAUGGACUCUUUGAAUUUUAAUGAUUUGAUUAUUCAUUACCAAAAAAAAAAAAUACCAGAAGAUUUAUUAAACUGUAUAGUUGUCUACAAAUGUGAUGAAAAGAUUUGUUUUCAAUCGACUGAAUUUUACUGUGGUUUACCAAAGUUCAUACCAAAUCUUUCUUCCAAUUUAAAAUAUGAGACGUAUCAUUGUGGAUGCUUAUGCUAUGUAACAAGUUUGUCUAAAAAUCAUUUAACUAUUUUAGACAAAUGAUCGAAUUUGGCUGAAGCUAUAAGAUAUUUAACUAAUAUUGAGUUAUCGAUAAAAAAACAAGUUAUUAUAGAAAGUUUGUCUUCAAUGAAAAUUUUAAGUAUUGGCGAUACACUAUAUUCUUCAAACACUAUUGUUCGAGCUUUUGAAUAUUUUUUUGUUUCAAGAGCACUUUAUAAGCAAAUUUGAAAUGAUUAUCAGCUUCCCAGUGUGUCUACUUUACAAAAAAUGACAUCAGAAGCUUCAAAAUUAAACAAUGAUGAAUUUAUUAUGCAUGUUUUUUCCAAACUUACUAACCGACAACAACAGUGCAUUUUAAUAGUUGAUGAAGUAUAUGUUAAAGCAUCAUUAACUUAUCACGGUGGGGAACUUUUUGGGAAAUCUGUUAAUCAACCAGACAAAUUAGCAAAAACAAUAUUAGCUGUUAUGAUUAAAUGUCUUUUUGGUGGACCCACUUUUAUAGUAUGCAUGAUUCCAGUAUGUUGUCUUGAUUCAGAUUUUCAGUUUAAAGUAGUUGGUUUUAUACUUGGAUCAAUUUAAAAUGCAAAUGGAAGGUGUGUUGCAAUUAUAUGUGACAAUAAUAAAGUCAAUGUAAAUUUUUUCUCUCUCUUUGAAACUUUUGAAGGGAAACCAUGGCUGACUAAAAAUAACAUUUUUUUACUUUACAAUUAUGUUCAUAUAUGAAAAAACAUAAGAAAUAAUUGGAUUACUGAGAAAACUCAAGAAAUUCAGUUUAAGGACAAUGAUGAUAAUUUAAUUGCAAGGUGGGAUGAUCUUAAGAACCUUUACAACUUAGAAUGUAAGACACUUGUGACUCUGACAUUUAAAUGGAAAAAAAAAGAAAUAAAACACUGACUGUUGAAACAUCUACAGCUAUAGUCCAUACCUUAAAAGGAAUAGUUGAGUUAACAAAAUAUUUGUUAAGUACAUCUCACAAAUUUGUAGAACUUGGUGACUUUACAUCUGACCCUAUUGAAAAAGCAUUUAGUAAGUUGCGUCAAGGUGCUGGUGGUGUUUAUUUUUUUUUUAGUUCAACAAGUAAUAGAAAAAAUUAAAAUUGAGCACUCAAAACUACUUUUACAAUAUGAUUCAGACUUUCGUGAGCUUCAUGUUGGUCAUAGUUGCAUAAACUGUCAGAGGCAAUUAACACAAAAGAAAAGUGAAAUAUUUGAUUCUUUGAAAAUAUUAGAGUCUAGUUUAACUGAUGAUGUUGAAAUGGCUUUAGUAUACAUUGCUAGUUACCUUCAAUUUAAAAUUGGUUAUGAAGAUCUUGACACUGAUACAUAUUCAUAUUGUAAUAAGUAUGGUGCUUAUCUCAAAGACUUAGAUAGAGGUGGUUUGACAAAGCCAACUGACAUUCUAUGUCACUUUACUUUUUUUGUUAUGUACUUUUUAUUGCACAGGAUUUGACUUUGCCAGUUUGUUUGCAUUCCUUAUCCAACUACUUUGAAUCAAUCGACAAUUUAUAUUUUUUGGGUUAUUUCAAAAAUAAUAUGUGUAUAAAAAGUUUUAAAAUUUUGUCAAAUAUUUUUUUAAAUAAUUAUUCAAAGCUAAACACUUCACGUUCUUACAAGGAACCAGCCCAAAAAGUUUUAAAACUGAGUAAUAAAAUUAAAACUUUUGUUAUUUUUGUUGUUUGACUUAUGUAAAACUCUUUUGAAUAAUUUAUUUUCAUUGAAA